UGGGAACGCGGAUCUAAUGCAACCAGCUGCGCUGGUUGCCAACGGGAGUCACCACAGCUGUGUUGAUUAGUGGAUCCAGGUGUAGCUGAUGGCCACCGCUGGCCCGUCUCCCCCAGCCUCUGCUGCGGCCGCAGAGAACCCGAGUCCAGGAACUAACAGCUCCACUGCAGCCGACGGUGGCAGCCAGGACAGCACUUUCGAGUGUAAUAUAUGUCUGGACACCGCCAAGGAUGCUGUAAUCAGCUUGUGUGGACACCUCUUUUGUUGGCCUUGUUUGCAUCAGUGGUUGGAAACACGGCCCAACAGACAAGUGUGUCCAGUUUGUAAAGCUGGCAUCAGUCGGGACAAAGUAAUCCCCUUAUAUGGAAGGGGAAGCACAGGUCAACAGGAUCCCCGAGAGAGAACGCCUCCUCGACCACAAGGACAAAGACCCGAGCCAGAAAACCGUGGUGGUUUUCAGGGAUUCGGCUUCGGAGAUGGGGGGUUCCAGAUGUCUUUUGGAAUCGGUGCCUUUCCCUUCGGUAUUUUUGCUACAGCCUUUAACAUCAACGAUGGACGACCCCCUCCAGCAGCUCCGGGGACACCACAGCACAUGGAUGAACAGUUUCUCUCUCGACUUUUCCUGUUUGUGGCUCUGGUGAUUAUGUUUUGGCUUCUGAUUGCUUAAUUUCACAAAUAAAAAACGCAUUGCGUUAACGUAAAGGAUUUGACAGAGGUGAGAUGUUGUGACAUUUCAGAGAAAUGUCUCUGUUUCAAUAUCUGAUGGUUUUUUAGUCAGACAAACUCUGGUUCUUUUUAUCCAUUAUCACUUAGACAAAGUAUUGUCACAUGAAAAUUAAGCCGGUUUCCAGAAUAAAGAGAUCUUUACUAAGAUUUUAGGAUGGACUAUGUUAAGUUGGUUGCCUAAUGUUUAAAGUCAUGGGGACCUCUAACUGCUUCAUAUGACAUGCAUGUGACUGUAAUGCAGUCCUGUUUUCUGUAAACUACGCCUAUGUUUGUUUGUCUUUUUUUUUUUUUCACCUGGGACAUCUACAUACCCACUAAACUGCUGCAAACAAA